UUUUAUUGUCUUCACCGGGGAGGUACCUACCUGCAUUUCCCCGUUUCACGCUUCCCCGGACAUCGAACACUUGGAUCUCUCGAGCCACCACAAUGUCGAGAACCCCUUCCCCGUCCCGCGGCCCUACCCUGUUGCAAAUACUCCAGCGGCCGAAUCCAAAGAUUGAGGAUGGCAACUGGGAUGGCAGCUGGGAUGACUCAAGCUAUCGCAACUCAACUGAUGUCUUCGACGAAGUGGAAUUCGACAGCGACCAUCCAUCGGUGAAACCAUGGGCAGACUUUACCUUCGAAGCCAUUUAUCUAGCCUAUGGACAUCUUCUUGAACAGAGGAUGGCGGCGUUGAAACCUGGAUAUCAACCUGUGCCUCCCCCAUCGCCCGGACAAGGCCUUACAAUCAUCGCGACAGAACAUGAUGUUGAUCUAUUAGGCCAAGCGUGGUCGGUCAAUAUCGUGAGGUCCCCCAUCGCAGCGGCAGCGAUUCAACUGCGUCCCCAGCUUGACAUACAGGGGCCCAGCGAAACCCCGAAGACCACACUCGGUCAUAAAAAGGUCACGUGGGUGAAACUUAGCACUGAGUCCGAAGCCAGCGUUGAUUUCACUCCCGACUGGACAAUCCUUGACCUUAAGGCCAAGGUCCGCUACCGCGAGGAUGAUACCGAACAGUCCGAGAAACAGCUCACCUUUGCCGUUGGUGAUAGCAAGCUCAAGCAGGAAUGGAAGUCGCACUGGCUCGCCCUGCCGGACGGUGACCUAGAUGUGGCUAUGGACCUACCGUUUGGCUCAACCGUAUCAAAAGUCAGCAGCGUCGAGAACGAACGGCUCCUUCCGCUACGGCAGGUUGCCACAUACUGCCGGUUUGCUCAGACUCGGUAUGCCUUUAUCAUAACCCAGACCGAGUUGGUGGCACUUCGAAUUCGGCGACUCCCGAGACAACCAAGCCAGACUGCGCUUUAUGCAGGUAUCGAGUAUGUUUCCGUCCCCUGGGACGCCACAACUGGACUCACCGUCAAUCUAGCCAUCUGGGCUCUCGGGUGCAUGGGUAUGAACGACGCCCACCGCGAGAUGGAGUCGUCUUUCCCAAAAGCGCACGCUGCGCUGCCGUCCAUGGCGAGGCUCACCCGAUGGAAGCACGACGCCAAAAACCAAGUGUAUGAGAACGCCAUCUCAAAGCGCCGUAUCCCAGAGGUUGAAUGGAAGAAGCUCGACACCCGUUUUGUCCAUCUUGAUGAGAAAUCCGGGAGUAGUUUCACCGGAGACUUUGUCCCCGCCUUGCAGAGAACGCUCGUCCCGCCCCCAACAUCCACUCCUGGCCGCAUUGAUGAUAUCCAAGGGAACUUGAAUAUGGGCGGUUCGGAGUCAUCCUAAUUACCCGGUUAGGGUGAAAUAUACGACGGAAAAGAUACUUUUCGGGUAGUUGUUUAUCAUUUCUUUUUCUUUUCCUUAUGCUGUUGUUGUCCCUUUUGUUUUGUUUUGCUUUCUUGCUUUUAUUUCUGUGUUUUUUUCUUUGUCUUGUAUUUGUCUUUUGCUGUCCUUUAAAAGAUUUGCAAUAGACACGCCAAGGGCUCCGUUAUGUUUCUCACAAUCAACCUCCUACGUAGUAUCUAUUCUAGGCCUAAUGACCACCAAAAGCCUAAGGUUGAGGCCUUACUGAGAUCAAGA